AGAAGCACUUCGGUGCAGAUUUCGGUUACUUGCAAAAUGAAGUUUACUUCAUAAAAUUUUUUAAAAUGGCUCACCUGAACAGGUGCCGGGUGUGCUCCUGCGUUGUAACGGGCGAUGAGGAGGCCUAUAACUUGUUACAACUUCCAGAUCUGGCUGUCAAGUUUUCGGAGUGUACCGAUUUGGUCGUUGAUCCUGAGGAGUUGCACCUUUUGCCCAGCAAAAUCUGUUCAGCGUGUUACGAAUUACUGGAAAAGUACCACUCCUUCCGGGAAUUAUGCAUUUUCGCCGAUCACAAAUGGCGCACAAAAAGUCAGGUGCACAACAAGAAAAUAGAUAAAAGAAGGCACAUCUUUGAAGUGGAUGAAACCGAGGAGGAGGAGGAUGAGGAUGAGGAUGAGCAGGAUGAAGAUGAAGAUGAGGAUGAACAGGAGAUCAUAUCUGCAUUAAAGACACCCGAGCUAGUCAUUUGCGAUUCGAAUGUAAUUCCCGAAAAUAUUCCGCCAAAUUUGGUAAGCACAACUAUCGUCAACAAAGAAACGCUACCAGAACCGGAACCGGAAACUGCAGCUCAAGAAGAAUAUUUACCCCCGAAGUUUAGGUGUGACAUCUGCGCAGAUGAAUUUGGAGAGGAACAACGCCUGAUUCUCCAUAAGAAAGAGCACGAGGGCCACAUGCUGUACCACUGUUCUGAGCCAGGAUGCGAGCAGGCAUUCAACCGUUACGAAUACCUCAGGCAGCACGAAUUGGAGCAUUCGAUAGUGGGCACUCGGUUCAUCUGCGAAGUGGAGGGAUGCAACAGGAUUUACCGGCACAAGGCUUCUUUAAAACAUCAUCAAAGCAAGGUUCACGCAAUUGGCAAGCCCCUGAAAACUCACGUUUGUGAGUUCUGCGGCCGGAUUUUUAAAAAUCUAUCCGCCUUGAGUCAACAUCGGUACACUCACGACGACCAAAUCCAAUUGCCAUACGCUUGCGAAAUGCCGGACUGCACUUGGCGAUUCUUUAGCAAGGAGAAGCUUAAAAUCCAUAUGAUGCGCCACCAGGGAAUCAAGAACUAUAGUUGCCCUUAUUGCGGACUCAAGAAGACCACAAAGAACGAACUUCGGCUUCAUAUCAACUACCAUACGCUGGAGAGAACCUGGUCCUGCAAGGAUUGCCCCAAGGUCUGCAACAGUUCGACGAGUCUCAAGAAGCAUGUUCGAACGAUUCACGAAAAGGCAAGGGACUAUGCUUGCAGCUAUUGUGAAAAGAAGUUUGCCACCUCGGAUACCCGGAAGUACCACGAGAUGACUCACACUGGCGAGAAGAACUUCGAGUGUCAUGUGUGCGGUAAGAGGUUCAUUCAGCCCUCCGCCUUGCGCACUCAUCGAAAAGUUCACGAAAUAGAGGAGGAAAGUCACCAAAAAACAUAUGCUAUAUUGCAAGUCACUAGUAUGGGUUAAAGGACAAUAUGGACAAUAUUAUGGGUUAAAGGACAAUAUGGAUAACCAAACCAAAGCACAUAAUCUGGGACAAUAACGAGGGUUUAUCUUAUCAUGGACAAUAAUAAUGGUCUUCUAUAUUUAAGAAAAGAACAUAUGCUAUUUUACAAGUCACAAAUAUGGGUUAAAGGACAAUAUGGAUAACCAAACCAAAGCAGUUAAUCUGGGACAAUAAUGAGGGUUUAUCUAAUCAUGGACAAUAACAAGAGUCUACUAUAUUUAAGAAAAAAACAUAUGCUAUUUUACAAGUCACAAAUAUGGGUUAAAGGACAAUAUGGAUAACCAAACCAAAGCACUUAAUCUGGGACAAUAAUGAGGGUUUUUUAAUCAUGGACAAUAAUAAGAGUCUACUAUAUUUAAUCACGGACAAUAACUGGUAUUAAGAGAUAUUUACAUUACGAAAUCGAAUUCUUCCAAUAAAUAACCGCAACUUAACCACGGACAAUAUUUAGCGUUAAGAGAUAUUAUAUUAUACGUAUGAUAUUAUACUUACUGUACGAAAUCGAAUUCUUCCAAUAAAUAACCACUUCCUUUUGGGAUUCAGAAUGUAAA